UCUUCCUAAUCUCAUCAAAUAUCUUCUCUUUCCCUUUUCUUCAACUUUCACAGCGCAAAGUAAACCUCUUUCAGUCUUCUCUCCGAACUCAAUUUUCCGAUCAGGAGUGUCACUUUGGUUAUUUCAUUUCAUUUUCAGUAUUUCCUUGUUUCCCACGAGCGAACCAUGUCUGUAAUUGGAGAGGCUGCUUUAUCCGCUUUCUUUGGGAAGCUGUUUGACAACUUAACUUCCUAUGAUCUGCUGAAGUUCUUUCAGGAAGAGAAAGUCGAUGCUGACCUCAAGAGGUGGAGGACAACUUUGAUGAAGAUCCAUGCAGUUCUGGAUGACGCAGAAGAGAAGCAGAUGACAAACAGGUUCGUGAAGAUCUGGUUGGAUGAGCUGGAACACUUGGCCUAUGAUGUGGACGACAUCUUGGACGAGUUUGCUACUGAAGCUUUGGGACGCAAGUUGAACCCUGAACCCAGCACAAGUAAGGUACGGAAGAUCGUUGAUGCUUGUAUUGGUUCGAAUCGAAGUUUUGCUACCUCAAUGCGGUCCAAGAUUGAAGAGAUUGAUACAAGACUGCAAAAUAUAGUGACUGAUAAGAAAGAUCUGGAGUUGAGAGAAAGUACUGGGGGAACUACUAGAACAACCAGAUCAAGGGUGCCCACAACUUCUUUGGUGAAUGAAGGUCGUGUUUACGGCAGGGAAGAAGAUAAAAAGGCUAUUGUCAAGUUGUUGCUGAGUGGUGAACUGAGUGAUGCUCAACUCUCUGUGAUUCCCAUUGUUGGUAUGGGAGGACUUGGGAAGACAACUCUUGCCAAACUAGUCUACAAUGACGAUGAGGUGAGCCGUUAUUUUGAUUUGAAAGUAUGGGUUUGUGUUUCUGAAGAAUUUGACAUUAUAAGGGUGACUAAAGCAAUUCUACAAUCUGUGACUUUUGGGCAAUUUGAUGCUAAUGAUUUAAAUUUAAUGCAAGUCAAACUAAAGGAAACAUUGUUUGGUAAGAAGUUUUUGCUCAUUUUGGAUGACGUUUGGAAUGAAGACUACGACGGUUGGACUGAACUACGUAGUCCAUUCGAAUUUGGGGCUCUAGGAAGUAAGAUUAUUGUCACAACUCGGAAUUAUGGUGUUUCAUCAACAAUGGGAACUACUCCAACCUAUGAGUUGAAAGAGUUGUCAAGUGAUGCUUGUUGGAAUCUAUUUAGCCAACAUGCAUUGGGGACAACAGAUUAUACUGCACAUCCAAAACUCGAAGAAAUUGGUAGAAAAAUCUUAGACAAGUGUAAGGGCUCACCUUUGGCGGCAAAAGUACUUGGAGGCCUUUUACGCACUAAACAUGAUCAUGACGAGUGGAAAGAUGUAUUAGAUAGCAAGAUUUGGGAUAUUCCAGAGGAAAAAAGCAGCAUUUUUCCAAUUCUUAAAUUGAGCUACCAAUAUCUCCCUUCGCAUUUAAAGAGGUGCUUUGCUUAUUGUUCACUAUUCCCAAAAAAUUAUGAAUUUGAGAAGAAAGAGUUAGUUUUGCUAUGGAUGGCAGAAGGUUUUUUCCAAGAAACAAAAAGAAACAAGUUAAUGGAAGAUCUUGGUGAUGAGUGUUUUUGUGAUCUCCUUAGGAGAUCAUUUUUUCAACCAUCAAGCAGCAAUGGAUCACUCUUCGUCAUGCAUGAUCUUAUCAAUGAUUUAGCUCAAUGGGCAGCAAGAGGCUUGUGCUGUAGAUUGGAAGACGUAUUGGAUGGAAAUAAGCAAUUUGAGAUUUCUACAAAGGUACGUCAUUUCUCUUACCUUCGAAGUUUUUAUGAAGGCAUGAAAAGGUUUGAAGACUUCCCCAAAAAUAUGCAUUUACGGACCUUCCUACCGCUACCAAUAAAUGAGUUGGGCUACUUAACAAACUACAUUUCUAAUUGUUGGCUACCACAAUUAAGAUACAUGAGGGUAUUAUCUUUAUGCGGAUAUCAAUUUGUUGAGGUACCAAGUUCAAUAGGUGAUUUGAAAUAUCUAAGAUACCUAAACCUUUCUGAUACUAAUAUUACAAGUUUACCAGAAUCAAUAAGUUCUUUGUACAACUUGCAAACAUUGCUAUUGAAAGGCUGCAACCGUCUAAUAAAGUUACCAGAGAAAAUUGGGAAUCUAGUCAAUCUUAGGCAUCUCGAUAUUACAAAUGUGAAUUCAAUUGUAGAAAUGCCAGUGGGAAUAAAAGAAUUAAAAAACCUACAAACAUUGUCUAAUUUUGUUGUUGGGAAAGAUACUGGAUCUAAGAUAGGAGACUUGAUGAACUUGGAGUCUCUUAAGGGAACACUUUGCAUUUCACACUUAGAGAACAUGCUUGACGUUGAGGAUGCAAGAAGGGCAAAUUUAAUUGGUAAGAAGAAUUUAGAUGUAUUAGUGAUGAAAUGGGAGUCUGAGCUUGAUGAUUUGCAAGAUGCAAGAGCUAGUGUAGAUAUUCUUGAGAUGCUACGACCUUCGACAACAGUGAAAGAAAUUUCAAUUGAUGGCUAUGUUGGUGCAAAAUUCCCAACUUGGUUUGGACAUCCAUCAUUUUCUAAUGUGGUGUGCCUACGGAUUGAGAGGUGCAAAAAAUGUACAUCUUUACCUGCAAUUGGACAAUUACCAUCCUUGAGAGACCUUGCCCUUGUAGGAUUGUCUGCAGUGGAAAUCAUUGGUCGUGAGUUUUAUGGGGAAGAUUGCCCAAAGCCUUUCCGAUCCUUAGAGGCACUUUGCUUUGAGGAUAUGCAAGAAUGGAAAGAUUGGAUUCCAUGCAAAGUUGAAUAUGAAGAAUUCUCUCAGUUGCGUGAGCUUUCUAUUUCUGAAUGCCCUAAAUUGCAAGGAAAAUUGCCUCACCAUGUUCCAUUAUUGGAAAAAAUUUCUAUUAAUGGAUGUGAGCAAUUGGACGUUUCAAUUCCAAACUUCCCAAAGCUUCAUGCAUUAGAAAUUAAGGGAUGUAAAGGGGUGGUGAGCAGAAGUACAGAUGAGUUAUGCUUUCCAAAGUCAACUAUUCUUUCUAUUCCAUAUGUGAAAAGCUUGACGGAGGAGUUCAUGCAUGGGUUAGCUAAGGUGGAAAAUCUAAAGAUAGAUAAUUGUAAGGAGCUAACAUCUUUGUGGCAGGAUGAAUUCAAAUCCCUUAUAACGCUGGAUGUAAGAGAUUGCUCAAGCCUUGUCAACAUCAGCUUGACAUCUACUUUAAGGACACUAAAUAUUGAGGGUUGUAGUGGUUUGAAAUCCUUGUCAAUCUCUAGUUGUACAUGUUUGGAAAAGGCAAGCAUUUGGAGUUGUAAUUCUUUGACGUUGAUUUCAAGAGGUCAGUUGCCUCAAAAUUUGAAAACGCUAGAUAUAAGAGAUUGUGAGAAUUUGCAGUUUUUGGUAGAUGAGGGAGAGGCUUCUUCUAAUUCUUCUUCUCUUCUUGAGGACUUGUCUAUUAAGCACUGUCCAUCUCUAAAAUGCUUAUCAUCAAGUGGCGACCUACCUACCACGCUUAAACGCCUUCAGAUUUCGUCAUGCGUAGAGUUCACAUCCUUAUCAUCAAAAAACGAGUUACCUACAGCUCUUAAAUACCUUUCUGUACGGAGCUGUCCAAAGAUGGAGUCAAUAGCGAACAACUUACCCAACAAUGCGUCUCUUGAAUUUGUUCAUAUCGGAAGUUGUGCAAAGUUGAAAUCCUUACCGGUGGGCCUGCACAAACUCUGCCACCUCAAUUAUAUUGGGAUAAGCCGCUGCCCUAGUUUUGUUUCCUUCCCAGAUGGAGGGUUACUCCCCACCAGCCUGAGAAAGCUUUCGAUCCAAUACUGUGAGAAACUGGAGGCCUGGCCCAAUUGCAUGCCGAACCUCAAUUCUCUUCAUAUCGUCAAUUGUCCAAGCGUCAUAUACUUUCCAGAAGAGGGUUACCCCACCAGUCUAACAUCACUCUCAUUUGGCGGGGAGAAUAUCUGUAAGCAAGUCACUGUGUGGGGAUUGCAGAGACUAAACUCUCUUACGUCACUCUGUAUUUAUGGUGGAAUUCCAGAUUGGCAGUCGUUUCCAGAUGAGCAAGAUGGGAAGCUGACGAUGACGCUUCCUUCCUCUCUUAUCUACCUAACGAUUUGGAGCAUUCCAAAUAUAGUGAUUCUAUCUUCAAAAUGCUUUCAAAAUCUCUCCGCUCUUGAACAAUUGGUCAUCAGAAAUUGCCCUAAACUCGCAUCCCUCCCAGAGAAGGGUCUACCUCCCUCGCUUCUGCAACUUCAUAUUUACCAGUGUCCAUUGCUGAAACAACACUACAAGAAAGGUGGGCGAGAGUGGUCCAAGAUAGCCAACGUCCCUUACAUUCACAUUGAUGGGAGUUUUGUCUUUGAGGUGGAGGAGCAGCAAUAAAAUAAUUGUAAAACAAAGAGCAAUAUUUACUUAUAAUAGUUACUCCUUCCAUCCAGUGUUGCAGCAGAGACUAGCUUCUGAACCACUAAACGUUAUAUUGGAAUUUCAAAACACGGAGAGGGGGAGGGGCAGCAAUAAUUGUGCAAAUUAGAGAGGAAAAAAGUUUUGAUAUUUACUCCUUCUAGGGACUAGCUUCUGACUUGAUAAACCUUCUAUUGGAAUUUCAAAACAUGGAGCUGUAUGAUAAAAUGCCUAAAAGAGGUAUUGGGUUGGCUAUCAGCUGUGAUUUGAUGAUUGCUGGCUACAUAUCUUGUUUUGCAACAUGAUGAUCAGUGGAUGUGCACAAAAUGUAAUUUCAAACAAAUAUUGUGCCUUGCAUCAAUUGAUCAAAGCAUUGUCACCUGUGCUGUAGAUGGCAGCCACUCUUUGGGGUAUAUGGAAUGCAGUUUUAUAGAGCCAUGCUUGAAGGAAAGGAUGUCGAUGCUUCUCAAGCUCUUAAUUACUGCAAGCAUGUGGUCACGAUCUGUCGAGAAGCAAUAGCUGGGAAUCAUUCCCUAAUGUAGCUUUAAACCUCCUGUCUACAAUUGGGAACUAUUUGUUGAAUUUAAGAUCAAAUAGGGAACCGAAUUUCUGAUCAAAGCAUGCUGACUUGUCCUCUUCUUGACCAGAAUUUAAGGCUUUGUCCCUGAGUCAGAGACUCUGACUUAGUAUCCAGGUUGAAGAGAAAAUGAAUUUCUUGAUGUGGUGAAUCUUGUUUGAUUUGCUGAAUACCACUAAUAGAUGAUACUGCAGAUUGAAACCACCCUACAAGCAAAGUUGCAGAAUCAAUCAAAACGACAAAACCUUCUGAGACCAAUGAAAUUUAUUGGUUCUCCAAUGGCUAAGAAGAAGAGCUGGUUCAACAUAUUGCAGAGGUUCUUUAUAAGAUAGACAAAAUCAAAACAAGAAACGGAGAAGGAAAUGGAUUUUUGGAAGGCUUAAGAUUAAAAGGUUAUCCUUGCUCACUGCACCAUCAUCAUUAAAUGAAAAAAAUCUAGGUGAGGCUGAGAAAGAGCUAAUCAAGCAUGCUCUUGCUGUGGCCCAUGCCACCACUGCUGCUGCUGAAGCAGCUGUUACAACUGCUCUAGUUGCUGCUGAGAUUGUCCAGUUCACCAGAACUCCUCAAUAUAACCAUCAAUGUGUAAAUGACAUGGAAGAGUUUUCAGUCAUUAGAGUUCAAGGUGAAGCCCCUCAGUCCAACUAUCAAUGCGUGAGAGAAAUCCAUGAAUUUGCUGCCACUUGAAUUCAGUCUGCCUUUGGGGGUCUACCUUGUGAGUUUAAAGGCAAGGAAACUUUGUGGGAGGCAGAGCAACAGGAUGCCAAACUUUAACAACCCUAAAGUUCUUGCAGUCCAUUGUAAUUAUUCAGUCACAAGGCUGCACAAGAAUAUUUGGAAUGGUGGAAGGCACUUGGAAUUAUGAUGGAAGUGAAAAAUCGCAGAAUUGGAAAGACAAGAUAACAAGGAUAGACACAAACAAUCAAAGAAGGUGGGAUGACAGUGUAUUGUCAAAGGAAGAGGCAGAUGGCAUUGUUUGAGUAGGAACGAGGCCAUACUUAAGAGAGAAUGGAUAAAGGAAUAGUAGUUUACCCAUUUGAAUUCAGCAGAUAAGAUAAAAAAAUAGCAAAUGGAAGAUGGAGGCACUGGUUGGACCAAUGAGAUACACAAAUUACCUUAAGCAGAGAACUUGAAGAUUUGGACUCCGCUUUGACUUCAAACCCAAGACAGAGAGAUGACUAUGAAAGAAGGCAACUUAAGCUAAUAAACGUUAAGUGACAGAGUAAGUUGGAAGGAUUGGAUUCUCCAAUAUUUGUUCCCAUAGGAUCAAUUCGUCAUGGGAGGCAAUGCUCAUUGGGAGAUCAUAAUUCUUUCCAACUUACAUGAAUGCAACUGAAUCUGCAAAGGCAAAAGCAAGAUCAAUGAG